CUGGCUUUCGCCGCCGCUGGACACAUAACGGAACCAACUGCAAGGCGCUGUUCCCAUGAUACAGCCAACGCGUCAGAAUAUUUCACAAAACUGUUUAUGGUGCACGACGGGUCUCUUGUUCACCAAGAUUUCCCAUGUAUUAUCUUUCAGGUUUUUCGUUCUCAAGGGAAAAUUGUUUUGUAUUAAAGUAUCCGGAAAGUGCUAUUGCAUCGGUUAGGAUUUUUUGUCUUGGGACUUUUCAGGACCGAAUCAGCUGUAUAGCAAGAAACAGAAGCGGCCAAUGAAGAAAAUCGAUCGAUGAUUAAGAAAUCGACCGAUUUGGGAUUAUCGAACGAACAGACACUUGAGGCUGUGAAGGCUGCCUAAUUUAUUCGCAGGACAAACACUUUCCCGAACGGAAAUGACUUCAUUUCGAUAGCCCGACUUGGCUGCAUUCGCAUGUGUGGUGUGACAUUUCUGAUUAGUACUUUUGAUGAUGUUUGGUUUUGUCACAUACGCGCUAUUUGGGAACCGUAGAUAAAGCCUUUAGUUAGUCCUGAGGAUGUUUGCUGGACUGGUGCACUUGGAAUCUCUAGCCCGCUCCACGUCGAACACUGACAGUACCCACCUCCCUCUGGACAGGACGAUGGGAAACGGUGGCUCAGGUGCAGCUCCUGCUGUGGUCCCGGGCGUGGUCGGGGGCGUGGUCGGGGGCGUGGUCUCUCGCAGGAAGUCGGGCAGGAGGCCGGGGUACCUGAGGGAGCAGGAGGAGGGCAGGACACCGCCGGUGAACCCCGCCCUGUGUGCUGAAACCGCCAAUCACAGCGCCCCUCUGGACCCAGGCCCCGCCCCCGCCCCUCCCCCACCCCCCCAGCCCUCCGUGUCCCUGGGGGGUCAGCUCUGUCACAGGACUCCCUCCCUCUCUGACCGGGAGCGCAGUGCCCCCGCCCCAACCGCCCUCCCCCUCCCCCACAGCAGCCUGUGUGCGGGGGCCUCUUCGCCCCGCGGGACCGGCUCUCCGGCGCCCUCCGCUGGACAGCAGUUCACCUCCAGCUUCAGCUUCAUCCGUCUGUCUCUGACCUCUGACCCCGGAGCGGACCGCACCCCGCCCUCGCCCCCCCCGGCGCGGCCUGCGCCCGCCCUGCCUGAGCGGGCGGUCGCCGCGGUAACGGAGAGGCCCCUGGACGCGGCGGCGGGGCGGUGGGCGAGCAGGGGGGACCCCGCGGUGACCCCCGACCCCAAGGACCUGCACUCGGACUCGGACUCGGAUUCGGCCUCGUCCCUCACCUCCGGGUACGAGAGCGCCAGCGCCCCGCCCCUGCCCUGCGGAGAGGCCUGGGACGCCCUGCGCAGGAGGUACGAGGCCGUCCUGCAGGAGUGCCUGCACAGCAGCCGCCGAAACGCCCAGAUCGAGGCCAUGAUGAUGAAGCUACAGAGGCUGCAGCAGAAGGCCGUGCUGGAGGACGAUUAUGACACAGCGGAGCGGUUUGGGCAGAAGCUGGAGGAGCUGGGGCAGGAGAGGGGCUCGCUGCAGCUGGGCCUGCCCUCCCGACACCCCGCCGUGUCCCACUUCCUGGAGCGGCUCCGGCGGGGGGUGGGCGCCGCCCUGCAGGACACAGAGGGGAGCCGCAGCAGCGGAGCGAGGUCAGAGUCGGUGGUGGAGGAGAGGAGGCGGGGGGCGCCCCAGGACUCCCAGAAGAGGAGAGAACAGCUGGUCCAGGAGCAGCAGCGUGUCCAGGAGGAGACGCAGGACCUGCGCAGCCGGCUGCAGGAGCUGCAGGAGCGCAGUCAGAGGCUGGAGGCGGAGCUACAGCAGGAGGAGGAGGAGCCGGAGGAGGGCGUGGCCCCCGCCCUGCGUAGCUCCACCCCCGCCCAGCUGCAGGAGCUCAGCCGGGCGCUGGAGGACCUGGUGACCUCCCAACACCGAGCCCAGAUCUGCACACAGCCGCCCGCCCUACUGCUGAGACUCCAGGAGCAAGAAGCAGCACUGAAGGCCUGUAUCAAAGAGACCACAGCGAAAGUGGUGAUGAGUCAGAGAGUGGGCGGCGGCCUGAGGAGGAGAGUCAGUGUCAGCGAGGCUCAGCUACUGGCCCUGCAGGAGGCCAAACUGGCCGCCAUCUCAGGGAGUGACUUCUCCAGUGCGAAGGCGCUGAAGGCGGAGCUGAAGGUGCUGCACGGGGAGAGGGAGCGGCUGGAGGGCCUAGCCUCGCGGUUGCAGGCUCUGAGCUCAGGGACCAGCAGGGAGCUGGCCCGCAUGAAGAGCCAGCACUGCCUGCUCCGACAGGACCUGCAGCAGAGACAGGCCCAGUACGAGGCUAAUUCUGGGCCGGACUUCAGACGGCGGCUGAAUGGACCUCCAGCGGUGGCGGCCGCCAUGAGUCUCCGAGAGUACGCAGAGGAGAAUACGCUGAAGUACAUCGAGCUACUGGAGGACAAACUGCACAGCUGUGGUAACUCUGUUCUGGAGCGCGUGUGGGAGGCGGACCUGGAGACGUGUCAGCUCCUGCUCCGAGCGCCCAGCGGGCGGGGGACGGGCGGGGAGGAGGAGGCCCCGCCCCCAGAGCCACGCCCGGAGCCACGCCCCAAGCAGGAGCAGGACUGCGCUAUGCUGACCGCCCUCGGGGGGCGCUGGUGCUCAGAGACCGGCCUGCAGCACUCCGAGUUCACCAAGAAAUUAGAAGAGUUCCUCUUCUGCAUGGAAGACAGUCAGGACCCAUGUGACGUGGCUACAGAGGUCACUGAGGUCAUGGAGCGCUGCGAGCUGAUUGGCCGCAGGCUGGAGACUCUGGAGGAGCAGCUGCAGGCGGCCAUUUUGGAUCGAGACCCUGCGCUGGCCCAGACUCUCCAGGAGGAGGUCCAGGAGGUGAAGGCCUCGCUGCAGGCCAUGCAGAGACACCUGGAGGAGGAGGAGGAGGAGGAGGAGGAGGAGGAAGAGGAGGAGGAUGACGACAUGGAGGAAAGGGGGGGUGAGGAAGACGAGGACCACUACUUCAGCGACAGCUGGACAAUUUAACGCUCGCCGAAUCACCUGCCCUCCACGGCCCACGGGAACUGAGCCAGUUUCCUUUUCCUGCCCUGAACCGACAGAAAACGGACGGACAGGGGAAGGGCUUUCUCUGUGCUCCUCACCUGCAGACAGUCCCAGACCAGCCCCAUGAAGCCACAGAACACUCACCCGCUGGGGCUCCUCCAUACACAGUGGGGAACCCCGUCUCUCAUUGGGGGAACUCGCUCUCCCAGAAUUCACCUUCAGUUUUUCUGCAUGGUUACACCUGAGCAAAAGGUGCAUCCAUUCACCAUCUGUUAGGAAACUAUGUCAACACUUGAUGCAUUCCAUAGAUAAAAGGUACAGUUUUUGCGAUGAGUUUGAUUUAGAAACGCACAAUACAGGAAAAGAAACUUCCACUCAAAGCAGGAAGCAUGUCCGUACAAAGCAAGAAAUGCAUCCACACAACACAGGAAGUCUAAACACUCACAGGAAACACAUCCACUCAAGACAGGAAGUCUAACCACUCAACAGAGGAAACUGGCCAAUGGGGAAGGACUUGACCAGACUAGCCCCGCCCCUGUGAGCUUGUGGAGUGCUCAGAAUAAUUAGGCUCUCAAGUUCUUGCCGAUUUACUCAUACUGAAAUAACAAUAACAGAUAUUGUUCAUCCAUACACUGACCCCUACGCUCUCCAGGAACCUAACGUUUCUCUGCUUAACUAUUUUGUGUGAACCUGUUCUUUUAUGAUGCAAAAUUAUGCAUUCCUUGCAGGGACAAUGUUACUUUUUUGAGCAUGUACAAUGUAGCAUUUGUUGUUUUUGUUUUUGCUUUUUUUAAAAGAAGUUUAUAUAUGACAGUUGCAUUACAUGCAACAUAAAAUUUUAUAUCACUUUUUCUUGUUA